UGUAAACAGUAGACAACACUCAAACUAAACCGCCAGAUGGUUUUGCAAUACGCGUUGUAUGUUUUGAAAUUAAAAAAAUUUUGUUUCUGAGAACCGAUAGAAGAACAAAGUGACUAUAAAAAUGGCCAAUCGACCACUGGAUAAAAUCAAAUUGGAGAAUGAUUUGUUCUUGGAAAUGCUUGAAGUGUACAUCAAUUCGAUUUUGUAUGUGCGCGAAGUGUACCCGGCUGCAAUAUUCACGCGGCGUCGUGUGUACAGUACAGCUGCGUAUAUUUCAAUUUUUCCACCGUUGAGCCAAUAUUUGUUGAAUAUAUUGAAAAUGGCUCAAGAGCUAAAAGCGGCCAAUAAAUUGUUCCAGGUCGAAUUGAUCAUUUUCGAAAGGGAAAUCGACCUUUUCGGAACACCAGACGAUGAAGAAGUCAUUGAAAGAUACAUCUUUCGAGUGGAACAAGACGAAAAUGAGGACAAAAAAGAAUUAGACAUCGAUUUGUACAUCAUACAGUUUGAAGAGGAGCUGCGUCGUGGACUUAUUCAACUUGAACAAACGGCCAAGAAUUUGAAACGUUUGAACACCGACUGUUGCGGUUUUCGCAUUCAACUCGAAACCACCGAAUCGUCUUACGUUGAUAUCGUGAACAAGGAAAAUUCAAAAUCAGAGAGUUUUCCCUGGGUUGUGGCACGCGACAAAUACAAUGAAAAUGUUAGCACACCUUGGCAAAUGAAUCCCGUUCUUCAGGUCAACCCAUUCAGUCUGUUGCUGCUAACAUCGAAAAAAUCAUGAUUCAUGUAUAUAUAAGCGCGUUUUUCUUGUUUCUUAAGAACUUGGAUAAAUAAAACUUGUCAUAACUCUGAAAUAUAAACAAUAAAA